GGGCGCGGCGGGCGCGACGGUGGCGGCAGGGGCCGCGGGCGAGGACGUGGUGGGGGCCGUGAUGGCGGAGGCCGAAGCGGAGGCCGAGGCUUCGGGAGAGGAGGUGGACGGGGCGGGCGUGGCGGUGGCAUGAAGGGGGGUGCCAAGGUGUCUUUGGAACCACACCGUCACGAGGGCAUCUUUAUUGCGAAAGCGAAAGACGAUGCUUUGGUUACCAGAAACCUUGUACCCGGUGAAAGCGUCUACGGCGAGAAAAGGAUCACUGUUGAGGCCGAUGGAGAGAAAGUGGAGUAUCGGGUUUGGAAUCCCUUUCGGUCCAAACUUGCGGCUGCGGUUCUUGGUGGCGUCGAUAACAUCUGGAUUAAACCUGGCUCUCGCGUUUUGUAUCUUGGAGCCGCUUCAGGGACCACUGUGUCUCAUGUCUCUGAUGUGAUCGGCCCUACUGGAAUCGUCUACGCUGUAGAGUUUUCUCACAGGUGUGGACGUGAUCUCGUGAACAUGGCAAAGAAGCGGACAAACGUUAUUCCCAUCAUCGAGGACGCUCGCCAUCCUGCUCGUUACAGGAUGCUUGUGGGUAUGGUGGAUGUUAUCUUUGCCGACGUUGCGCAGCCUGACCAGGCGCGUAUCAUAGCACUCAACGCUCACUCCUUUCUGAAAGCUGAUGGCAAGUUCGUCAUGUCUAUCAAGGCAAACUGUAUCGAUUCCACUGCUCCCCCAGAGGCAGUGUUCGCCCAGGAGGUGGCGAAGCUCCAGCAGGAGAAGUUCAAGCCUUAUGAGCAAGUGACUUUGGAACCAUUCGAGAGGGAUCACGCGUGCGUUGUGGGAGCAUACCGGGCGUCCAAAAAGCCCAAGGCGCCGUCCGCGGCCUAAGAUUGCCAGUGCUUUUUUAUGGAAGCUAUCGCUGAUAAAAACGGGGGUCCAAUUCAGUUUUGUUGAGCAAGUCCAUGGAUUUCAGAGCACGUCGAGUCCUGCUUGGAUCUUUAUUCUGUAAAAAUUGGUUUAGCUCAGCAAUUUUGGUUGGGCAUAUGCGGUCGGCAUUGCACUGAA